AUGUCCUCUAUCCAAGACCAGCUUCAACAAGCGGCCCACCAAAACGAGCAGCUGCUUCGUGGCCUCGAAGAAACCGACGCUGCCCCCUCACAGCUCAAGCAGCAAAAUGACUACAUAGCCGACCUCGAUUCUCAAAUCCAGAAAACAACGGGUCGGGUAAAAACACUGAAGGACAAAGCAAAGGUAGAGCUCAAGGAGCAUGAAAAGUACCGCGACUCAACCUUUCGGCGGUUCGCCCACAAAGCAAGUGGCAAGAAGGAGAAGUUUGCCGAAAAGGCCGCCAAAGAAGAGAAGGAAUAUUUCGACGCGAUACAAGAGCAAAAAAGUGCCGAAGACGAACUGGCAUACACCAAGCAGCUGCGCGAUGAAGCCGAGAGGCGGAGGCAAGAACUCUCCACCCAAGCCCAACGCCACGAGAGCCUCCAAGCCCAACUCGAUGCCCUCUACAACUCCAUCUUCGCCGGCCACACGCCCGAAUUUCCAGAUGAAGACCGCAAAGAAGAGGCCUGCAACGCCGCUCUCACCCACGUGCAACAGCUAAACCAGCGUCUCGAGCGCGAACGCCACAUCCUCUUCCUCCUCGGCCAAACCUCCGUGAAGCUCUCUGCCGCGCGCACCUCCCUCGAGCACGCCUACGGCAUGAGCCAAUUCGACAUGUUUGGCGGGGGCACCAUGGCCAGCAUGCAAAAGCUCAACGACCUCGAGCGCGCCGAAAGCGCCAUGGUCCAAGUGCGCAUGCUUCAAGACCAACUGACCCAAGUUGCGCCCGAGAUGCCCGCCCUCGGCCGCCUCAACAUCGCCAGCGGCAGCAUCUUCUCCGACGUCGUCUUUGACAACAUCUUUACAGACAUGCGCAUGCACGAGGAAAUCAAAGACUCCAUCGCCCAGGUCGACCGCGCGGGAAAGACCUGUGGCGAUAUCAUCCGCCACCGCGAGCACCUCGAGCACACCCUGCAGAAGGAAGUCCAGCAAGCUCACACUCGGCUGCAGACCGCGCGCCAUGACUUGCAGAAGGCAAGAGAGGAGGCGUUCAAGAGGGUUCUGCAUGGUGCUACUGCUGCUGCGCCUCAGUUGCGUUCCAUGCCCAUGGGUACUACUACUGCUGAGGCUCCUCCGCCCGAGUAUACGCCGCCUGGUGGCCCACCGCCCGGGUAUUCGGGUUAG